AUGAUGGAAAAACAACCUGCGGCAGCAAAGGCCCCUGCCCAUGAACACCAGGGAAACUCUUUUCUGCAAAAUGACGGAGACAAGGACGAGGCGAACCGCAAAAAGACAGGCACUACCAGGAAGCGGACCAAGACCGGCUGUCUCACUUGUCGUAGGAGACGAAUUAAAUGCGACGAAGGCAGGCCAAUUUGCAACAACUGCAUCAAGUCGAGACGCGACUGCGAAGGAUAUAGCCAAAGAGUCAUAUUCAAGGAACCUCUUGGCUCGUUUUCCUCACCUUUUAGCCAAGGGAUCUACUCCUCGGGUCCUUCGGGCAUUGCAGGUGAUCCGCUGUCCACGCACCCCGGCAGGCAGCCAUCAAGAGGGCUGUUUCCAGCAAUUGCGCCGAGACCUCCCUCUCUUGACCAUCAUCAACAUGGAAUGCCUCUUCAGCCGACUGUAGCACCAUAUCAGCAUCCAUUUCAUCAAGGAACAUUGUUACAAAACGCUCCCGCAUACAACAUGGCUCCCAAUCAAUAUAUGCAGGUUCCCUAUGACACACAGUUCCCUAACCCCCUGCUUGUAGCCGAAGCUAAUGGAGGACCUGGCUAUUUUGCCACCGCUCCUCCCGAGGCCCUUUUUUAUUCGGCCCCAGACCGAACCGCAACUCAGGAUGCGAUUACCAAUUUUGGCAGUCUGAAUGGUGACAAUGGACUAAGUAGUUACCCGGGCGCCGCUGCCCCCCAGCCCCUGAAUAACCAAUGGGAACCCGAUAUGUUGGAUGAUGAAGCUUCCAUACCUGACUCUGAUGACGAUAUGCCGGACAUUAGAAGAAAUCUGCCACCUAUUAAGAACAUGGUAUCAGAGCGUUGGACUUUGAAUGCUGCAGACGCUAGCAUUUUUUCAGCUUUUGCCCAGAAUGAUGAUGUGUUGGCGUACAUGGAGGCUCCCUAUUCCGCUGAAUACUGGGCUAGUGGCCUAAACAUGGUAUUUAUGCACUUUAUCAAUGUCACUGGACCUGGGAUUUCAAUUUUUGAAGGAAACAUAUCUUGUGCAGCGGAGAGAGGUAAAAGCAGAACAGCGGCAGGAUCUGGGCAAAGUCUGUGGAGCUCAGCACUGAAGCAUUACCAUCGCGCUAUUCGCCGUGUGGCCAAUAGUGUAAAGUCGCCGUCUAAGAGGACUCAACCGGCAACUCUUGCCGCAACUCUCUUGCUCGGAUACUUUGAAGUUUGGUCGUCUGAUCAUACAAAGUGGUGCAAUCACCUAUUCGGUGCCAAGAUUUUGUUCCGCGAGAUGUCUUUGGGGGACAUGACUCGAUCAUGCUUCCCUGUGAAGCGUAUGCGCCAAGGUCAAGAAGCCAAUGGAUACCAACUGGGGCACAUAAACUCCCAAUUUUAUGGCUCUCAUCAGCAGCCAGUAUCACCACAGGGUGGACUAAAUAAUCUGGAUUACGACCUUCUACGCGCUAUAACAGGGCUCGUCGUAACCCCUGAAGAUUACGGUGAAGGAGAGAGACAGCCUUCUGACAAAAGGAGUGCUCCAGCAACCGAUAAAGAAAUUGAAAAAUAUGACAUUAUUUGCGAUCUCUUUUGGUGGUACUGCAAAAUGGAUGUAUAUCAAAGCAUGUUAGGGGGUACUAAGCUCUUCAUGGAAUAUGAAUACUGGACACAGAUUCCUCCAAGAGCACCCUUUUCGACAUAUUCUGCAGCGUAUGGAACAUAUGAUCACUUGAUCUUGUUGCUCGGGCGGCUUUCAGACUUUGUUUCGAAGGAUUUAUCUCGAAAACAAAAGGCCAUAGAAGCUCAAGGUGGCGGAGCUGGAGCUGGAUCCCCAACCAUGUUUCCAGGCAUGUUUCCAACCUUUGGUAAAGUACAAGCGCCGAUGGGCUUUAGUCCUCCGAGAGACGACACGCCGCAGAGCGAUUCCCAAGAUGAUAUUGACCCCGAAGCCAGCUAUGAAGCCGCUCUGCAGGAGUGGAAUAGCAUUUACCGCUCCUUUGAUAUUUUCAAGCGCCGUCUUGGGCCCGGAUUUCAGCCCAUAAAUGAUGAAUUUGGAGAUCAAAAAGGAACAAAAACGCCUUUUGGCAACGCCAUUUACUUCAAAACGUACUCCAUUGCCGGCAUCUGGAUGAACUAUUACAUGGGAUUUAUCCAUCUGUAUCGAAGCCACCCAUCGAUGCCUCCAGUGGCCAUGAGGGCAGCGGGGCAAAUGGCAAAGAAGACGGCGGGCUUUGCCCAAAAGAUUGGACAAAUUGCCUUUGGGCUUGCUGCGGAUUGUUCGGAGUAUGCAAAUAUAAACACCUAUCUUGGUGCUGCUCUUAUUGAGAGCUCCUUUUGUGUCUUUGUCGCAGGGAUACAAUAUAAAGAAACUGCACAGAGAGAAUGGGUAAUCCAGAGAAUGCAUGACAUUGCUCGUCUCACAGGAUGGCAGUCCGCCAUGCAAAUUGCCUGUGGAUGUGAAUCUGCAUGGAUCAAGGCAAGCACCAUGGGUGGGCCAGAAUAUUCGCGACCAACCAUUAUCAAUGAUUUUCCAUCUUCCAUAUGGAAGAACCCUCGCCGAAUUGAUAAGAAAAUCGACGAAUUAGAAUCAAGCGAUGAACGGCGGUUAGUACUGGCCAAGGCUGAAAGAACACAUUACGCAAUCGGGAUACUAGCAAUCGAAACAGAACUCGCGAGACUCGAACUACGGGACGAUUUAAACUAA